AUGUUAAUACAGAAAAAAUGGAAAACAUUAAGAGAUGGGUACCCCAGAUAUGUUAAAAAAAUGAAACCAAAGAGUGGUUCAGCAGCCCUCAACAUCCGGCCAUAUGCAUAUUAUCAGCAGAUGUCUUUUUUAAAGGCAAUAAUAGAAGAUAGACCCGACAAAAUAAACAAUUUACAAGAAACUUUGGAGAGGGCAGCUUUCAGGAAAAGAAACCAGCUUCAUAAUGAAAACAUUGAGGAUUAUGUUUUAGCUUUGAGAAAAUUAGCUAUGGCCUGCCAGUUUAAAGAUAAGGAAGACCAAAUUAAAGAGAAAUUUAUUGAAGGAGUAUCGUCUAAGGUUGUCAAAUUUGAAUUGAUGAAAACUGAGACGGAGCUGUCACUAGAAAAAUAUAUUUCACUGGCAGGCACAGUAGAAGCAGCAUUAUUACAGACAAAUAAUAACCAUGAAAUGACAGAAGUCUACUAUAGUAACAAAGGAAAACCAAAACAGGAUACUAAGAACAAGAAUAACAACAGUGGACAGUAUUGUUGCUGCGGGAAGAAGAAUCAUAUCAGAGCGGACUGUACUCUGAAGUUAAAAUACUGUUCAGAAUGUGGUCAACAAGGCCAUAUAUUCAGGAUGUGUCCGAAAAAGCAACGACAAGUCAAUGUUGUGGAGACGAACCCCGGGAAUGUUAAAGAGGAUGAAAAGCAGGUGGAAGUACCCAGUAAAGAUGUAGAUAAAGAAUAUAUUAAGACUUGUGAUAUUAAUAGUGUAAGUAAAAUACCUCCCUUUUAUCUAGAAAUAAAGGUCAACGGUCAAGACAUUUCUUUUCAGUUAGAUACGGGGUCAGAUGUAACAGUGAUGUCAAUCAAAGAUAAAUCAAUGUUUUUAAGAGAAUUUCAGCUCAAGAAAAGCAACAUACUUUUUAAGAAUUUUGACCAAAGUAUUUCCCGUUCAUUAGAUGCACAGCAACAUCUGAAAACCCAGUUCGCAGAAGUAUUCAGCCUGGGAUGGGGAAAUUUUAAAGGUGAUGUGAUUUCAUUAAAGCUACAACAGGACGCUAAACCCAAGUGCUUACCAGUCCGGCGAAUACCAUUUGCCCUUAGAGAAAAGGUAAAUAAUGAAAUUAUUAGAUUAAUUGAAAAUGGCAGAAUUACUCCAGUAGAACAAAAUUAA